AUGGCUUCCUAUACAGAAGGUCUCCUCCGUAACCAGCUCAGAGAGGUCAAGGAUUGGGCGUCCGUCAAUACCUCGCGGUUGAAUGCCGAGAAGCUCAGCCUACCCAGCUCCGAGAGCUACAAUCAGUCAUUCAUGAAGUUGGAGACUCGUAACGCGAAUAUCACCACCAAUGUUGUGAUGCUCGGGGCAGCUAACAGGGUGAGGCAAGAAUGGAAGUUGAGGAUGCCCCAGGAAGACUUCAAUUCUGCAGUACUCGCCGAUCUUGUACAGUCGGAAGAGCUCUUGACCCAAAUUAAGGAGUUUCGUGAGGACUUGAGAAGACUCAAGGCUAUCGCUAAGCACCAGGAGCGAGUCGACAAGAUGGUUAUGAGCCGCCUCAAGAGGUUGAGGAUCAAGCCGUCUUCAAUCGCUCAGGAAAAUGUUACUGCUGGUACAAGCAAGCCGAAGGAGACAAAUUCCAAGGUUGAGAAGCGGGUUCACGUUCGGGCGGUAGGGUUUCUCUAUGGAUUACUCCUCUUCCUGGUGGAAUAA